CCCUUGGGAAAACGAAAGGAACCUCUCUUUCUUUAUAGCAUAGCGCACUCUUUAAAGAGAGACAACCCUCUUCCCGUCCUUCUUUUCGCAGGGAGGUGAAAAUCGAAACUUCAGAGAUGCAGAAUUGAAUUGAAUUGAAUUGAAUUGAAUGGAUCUGAAUUCUUCCACAAGGAGGCGAUCACCACCGUCGGAGGACACAGAUCAACAGCUAGCCCAAAACUCAAAAAUGCAAGCGAAGAGAUUUGGAUCCAAUGCGAUCACGUUCACCCAGAUCUUUGCUUAUUGCUUGGUAGUUUUGCCAAUAAUAUUCGCAAUAUCAUUGAUCUUUAGACACCCGUCGUCUGAUCGAACGAUGGGGUUCGCGGAUGCCAGAGUUCUUGAAAACAGAGAAGUCAAGCAGAAUGCCACGCCAAUUGGAGGAGGCGGUUCGGAGGGCGUUUUGUUUCAGCACGCUGACAAGUAUAAUGGCAAACUGCUUGGAGGGCUUCUUGCGGAUGGGUUUGACGAAGCUGCUUGCACGAGUAGGUACAGUUCAUUCUUAUAUCGCAAAAUUUCUUUCCAUAAGCCUUCAUCAUAUCUCAUUUCGAGACUCAGAAGCUACGAGGAUCUUCAUAAACGUUGUGGACCAAAUACUCAAUCCUACAAUAAAGCCCUGGAGCAACUCAAGUCUGGCAACAAAAUAGGUUUGACUGACUGUAAUUACAUUGUGUGGAUAUCUUUUAGCGGCUUGGGCAACAGGAUAUUAUCCCUAGCUUCAACAUUUCUUUAUGCUCUCCUGACAAAUAGAGUCCUGCUUGUUGACCAAGGAAAGGACAUGGCAGAUCUCUUCUGUGAGCCGUUUCCUGAUAAAUCUUGGUUGCUGCCAAGGGACUUCCCUCUCAUUGAUCAAUUUGACAGCUUUAAUCGGAAUUCUCUUCACUGUCAUGGGAAUAUGCUAAAGAAUAAUGUCAUAAACUCUUCAGCAAUGUCAAAACCAUCAUAUUUAUACCUCCAUUUAGUUCAUGACUAUGGCGAUCAUGAUAAGCUUUUCUUCUGUGAUGGAGAACAGUCUUUUCUUGAAAAUGUCCCUUGGUUGAUCAUGAAAACAGAUAACUACUAUGUUCCUUCACUUUUCUUGAUUCCAUCUUUCGAGACAGAACUGGGCAGCUUAUUUCCUGAGAAAGGAACUGUUUUCCACCACCUCGGACGGUACCUUUACCACCCUUCAAAUCAUGUGUGGGGACUAAUAACAAGGUACUAUCGAACUUACUUAGCCAAGGCUGAUGAGAGAAUUGGCAUUCAGAUAAGAACUUUUGAUUCAAGACAUGGUCCCUUUAAACACGUCAUGGAUCAAAUUUUAGCUUGUACUUUGAAAGAGAAGUUAUUGCCUUCUGUAGACAUGCAAGACUCCGUUGUCAAUCCUUCUGAAAAUGCCAAAUUGAAGGCGGUUCUGGUGACAUCCUUGCUUUCAGGGUAUUCUGAAGAUUUAAGGAACAUGUACUGGGAACGUCCAACCAUGACUGGGGAAGUCGUUGGAGUCUACCAGCCUAGCCAUGAGGAGUUUCAACAAACAGAAAAGCAGAUGCACAACAGAAAAGCCUGGGCAGAAAUGUACCUUCUCAGUUUGACUGAUGUCUUGGUCACAAGUGCAUGGUCAACAUUUGGCUAUGUGGCUCAAGGUCUUGGAGGUUUGAGGCCAUGGAUCCUGUACAAGACUGAAAAUGAUACAGCCCCCGAUCCCCCUUGUCGCCGGGCCAUGUCGAUGGAACCUUGUUUUCAUGCUCCUCCCUUUUAUGAUUGCAAGGCUAAGAAAGGAAUUGAUACGGGUGCACUAGUUCCUCAUGUGAGACACUGUGAGGAUAUCAGCUGGGGUCUAAAGGUGGUUGAUGAUCAUGAUGACUUGUAGUUUCAGUUGUUGUUUUUCACUAGUUCAGCAAUUUUGCAUAGAGUUUAGAAGUAGAAUGUAAUGAAUUUUCAAAUGAAUUAUGCUCGGAGAGCUUUGAUGUGAUUUUCUUGCUGUGAAGUACCUGUUAGCAAGGCGUGAGU